UUCAUGGGGCCAGUAGGAGCCUUCUUCAUGACGCUAGGACUCCCAGUUGCUGUAUUUGGCCUGUAUUUAUUCUGCAACAAAGACUCCUGUCAGAUUUAUCCACUCAAACGUCUCCUUCAAGUCAAAUUACCACCUUGCGAUCAAUUUUGGCACCCACUUGCUUUCCUGAUAUGCGUGGGAUGGUUUGUUGCUAAUGUCAUAAUUUAUUUGAUUCCUUUGGGGAGAACUGUACAAGGAUCUCUCUUACGUGAUGGGACUAAACUCACAUAUCGCAUUAAUGCAGUUUAUGCUUUUAUCUUGUCUCACAUUGUGUUUGUAGUCGCUUACUGCUACUACAAACUUAGCGUUAGUUUCAUUUACCAUCACUACCUCUCGUUCGUAACGUCUGCUGUCCUUCUCUCGUUCAUUCUUUCAAUCUAUUUAUACGCACGUUCAUUUCGUAGUUCAGCUUUACUUGCUCUUGGAGGAAACAGCGGGAACUUCUUCUAUGACUUUUUCAUUGGACGAGAACUCAAUCCUCGCAUUGGAGCCUUCGACUGGAAGUUUUUCUGUGAGUUGCGUCCGGGUCUAAUAGGAUGGACGCUCAUCAAUUACUGUAUGCUGGCAGCCCAAUGGGAAAAGCAUGGAGUGGUCAGUAACUCAAUGAUACUCGUCUGUGUAUUCCAGGCCUGGUAUGUCUUUGAUGCCCUAUUGUUUGAGGAAGCAAUACUAACCACAAUGGAUAUUGCUCAUGAUGGAUUUGGCUUCAUGCUAGCUUUUGGUGAUCUUGCUUGGGUCCCAUUCACAUACAGCCUUCAAGCAAGGUAUCUUGUAGAUCACCCCAAUCACCUCUCAUGGUGGGCCCUGGCUGGCAUCGUCGCUCUCAAGCUAUGUGGGUACUACAUUUUUAGAUCCUCAAACUCGCAAAAGGACCAGUUUCGUAGGGACCCGUUCCACCCGUCCGUCAAAAACUUUAAAACUUUACCGACUAAAAGAGGCACAAGGCUCCUUCUUUCGGGCUGGUGGGGGAUAUGUCGUCAUCCGAAUUAUGUCGGUGAUCUUAUGAUGGCCCUCUCUUGGUGCCUGCCUUGUGGCUUCAAUCACGUUCUUCCUUAUUUCUAUUUCAUUUAUUUUGCUGUCCUCCUCAUCCAUCGCCAGCUCAGAGAUGAAGAUAACUGUCGUGGGAAGUACGGUGAUGAUUGGACGAGAUAUUGUAACAUUGUCAAGUGGAGGCUUUUGCCAGGAAUUUACUAAGGAUUGCAGAACUUUUUGCAUGAGCUAUUAUUAUUUUUGCUACAAUAGAAAAAUACAUGAUUACAAAAAACAAAAAUAUAAAAAUAUAACUUUAGUAGCCAAAUGAUACCAUUUUCUAAUUAUUAUUAUUAUUAUUAGUUUUAGUUUAUUUCUAUUUCUUCUUCAUUGCCUUUGAUUUUGCAACAAA